AUGGCAAAACGGCUAGUGCGAAGAGUCCCGCUACUGGAACGGAUCAAAGCCUACCCGCUAGACCUUAUCUUGGCUCUUAAUGAGGCGGCUGUGUCCAUAGAUUGGGACGAUUAUGUUCAUUCCACUUUACCCUUGGGUGUGGUGCUUACAACUGUAUUUGCCUUGCUCUGUAAGGUGGCUGAUCAUUAUAAGAACGUUCGCCUGAGACGGUCUAACGACUUGUUUCGAGCAGAUGCUAGUGUUUACAGGCAAGUGAGGCAACGAGCUAUUAGUGGCUCUUCGAACCCCAUCCAUUACCCUAAGGUUGCCGCUGAUGCAUCUUCUGGUAGCAGAUGGAUGUGGUUGGUGAAUGCAUUGCUUAUCAUAUUUGCAGUUUCAUCAGUUAUAAACACUAUCAUGGUCUUUUGGCUUUCUAAUAGAGAGUACACAUUGCUCAAUUCAUCUGCAAAUUCGGCAAAGCCCAAGGGAUCGAACGUUACCAAACUGAGCGUUACUAGUUCCACUGACAAGGGUAUCUUCGGCAAGAUUCUUUCUUACUUCGAGGGCCAUCUGAAAUACCUUUCGGACGAUGAGUCAGAUGGAGAAACUACUUACGAUGUUGAUUUUGUGGAAAAGGAUGUUUGGGUCUUGAAGGUAUGGGAUCCUUCCCUAUUCCAGGUACACUUACUGGCCACAUUCUGUCCACUUACGCUCUUUACGAUAUACUUGGUUUCUGGGACUGCUCUCUGGAAGAUUUUCUUAAUAAUUUUGGCAUAUGGAAUCUCCCUUUUCGGGUUGGUCUCCAAGUUCCUUCUGCUCAUCGGUGACAAGCAGAUCAUCUACCAAGAAACUUUUAACGAGUAUAACAAGAAAUAUGUUAUUCCAAAGACAUCUAUACUCAAGAAAAAUGCAAUUGUGGAUGCUACAUAUGGCCCAAUGGCUGCAUCAUCAAUGGUGGCGUACGAUGACCGCCGGGGUCACUUGCAAAAUGAAAAUGCCUUCUACACUCACGACAUCCACGGCAAUAGAAUUAAAGGUGUUCGUGCCGACAAUCAGUUUGCUUCGAGAUCAGCUUCUCCAGCAAGACACAGCCCUAGCAUGCCAAUUAAUAAUUACUCCAGGCAUAGGGAGAGCUCGUUUGCAGACUUAUAUGCUUCCACUAGGGACCGCAUUGAGGAGGAUGCACAUCAAAGCUGGCUAACACUGUCCACGCCGUUUCUUACCCGUGCCGUCACCAAGACAUUCGCCACUCAAAACACCCACGCGGCUUUCCUUUAG